UUACAAGAAAUGCACGAGCGUUCUCAGAGCGAGGGAUACAAGCGAACUUUGUUCAAGUGCGAAAAAUGCGUCAAAGGAUUCAAUUUCGAAGACGUGCUGCAAACGCACAUGGAGAAACAUUCUAUGGAGAAUGGCUCCCUCCAAUGCGACAUUUGUACGCAGUACUGCCCCAGCGUGGUGUCACUUAGGGGACAUAUGAAAUCCCAUACCACUAGAUAUAAAUGCAAGCUAUGCGGCUGCGUGCGACAAUCGCGACAACAUUUAUUAGAGCACCACAACACCACACACACUCGCGGCGCGCCCGACUACACCUGCCGGCACUGCGGGUUCACUACCGCCAAGCGAACGUCCAUGCAACGUCACGUCAAAUCCCAUCGCGCGGGUGAAAGACACGCGUGCCACCAGUGCGGGAAAUUAUUCAAGAGUCUGGAGACGUUGCGGGUUCACACCAUGCGCCACGACAAAUCCAAGCGUCUACAGUGCGAAGAGUGCGGGCGCGUGUUCAUAUACCCGUCUCUCUUGCACCGCCACGUGCAAGCGGUUCACGUUAGGAAGGAUUAUUACUGCGUGGAGUGCGACGUGGAGUUCAAAUCCCGGGAAAAUCUCAGGCUACAUUUCAAGAAAGCUAAGCGACACAGAGAUGCUUCUUCGUACCAGUAUGAAUGCGGUCAAUGCCCCGAGCGCUUCGUUUCCCCCUCCACGUUAUCUACCCACGUGACCAUGGCCCAUGGACAACUGAAACAACACUCCUGCCCGGUUUGCAGGCGUCUCUACAGCAGCAGAGACGCACUAAGAGCGCACACCAGAGACAAGCAUUCCAUAGACAAUAUACACUGCGGUAUCUGCGAUAAGAGUUUCAGCCGCAAGACUAUUCUGGCGGCGCAUAUGAGGACGCACGGCGCGUGCGACUCUUAUGAAGACAAGGACAAGAAACUUGAAGAUUCAAUGCUGAUAGAAGAGCCACAACCAGCGCUUCUAGAAAGUUAACCAUAUUUUAUACCUUAUUGCUAUGGACUCAAGGUUCAAGAACAAUUAAAAUGAAAACUUUAGAGUUUUUUUUUUAUCUGGCUUUGAGAAACAGUAUUACGCCGUUUGCUUUUA